UGUCAACUAAGGGCCCUGUGUCAACAGCAGAGGGAAGAAGAAGAGUCGUAGAGGAGGAAACCAGAAAGUAACUGUGCUGUAGACAUGGACCUGCGGUCUGAGCUGCUCAAAUCCAUCUGGUAUGGUUUUACGGCCCUGGAUCUGGAGAAGAGCGGUAAGGUGUCCAAGUCUCAGCUGAAGGUGCUGUCCCACAACCUGUGCACAGUCUUGUGUAUCCCUCACGACCCUGUUGCUUUGGAGGAGCACUUCAGGGAUGAUGAUGAUGGUCCAGUUUCCAGUCAGGGUUAUAUGCCCUACCUCAACAAAUACAUUCUGGAUAAGGUUGUCGAAGGAUCUUUUAUUAAGGAGAACGUUGAUGAGCUCUGUUGGACUCUUACGGCAAAGAAAAACUACCAGACGGACAAAACCAGCAGCACUGUUCUGCCAGAGAAGGAUGCUUUUCGGCUUUGGUGCCUUUUUAAUUUUCUCUCUGAAGACAAGUACCCUUUGGUUAUGGUCCCUGACGAGGUGGAGUACCUCCUCAAGAAGGUAUGCAUGGCUAUGAGUAUUGAGUUCAACUGUGUUGAAUUGGAGGACUUCUUCUCCCAAGACUCAGCGCAGCAGAAUGGCAUUACUGUUUGGGUUUUCCUGGAGAUGAUGAACUCUGGAAAGAUAACCAGAGGAAUUGAUAAGAGCAUUGUCAGCAUGGCUAUAGAGGAAGUGUACCGGGAGAUAGUUGGUGAUGUCCUCAAAGAGGGUUAUCUGUGGAAGAAAGGCCAGCUGAGGAGGAACUGGAAGGAGCGCUGGUUCACCUUACGGCCGAGCAACUUGUCCUACUACACCGGAGAGGACCGCAAGGAGUGCCAGGGCAGCAUAGCUCUGGAUGGGAAUUGCUGUGUGGAGGUACUGCCAGACCGGGAUGGGAAGAGGUGCAUGUUUUGUCUGAAAACUCUCUCCAAGACUUAUGAGAUGAGCGCCUCAGACACCAAACAGAGGCAAGAGUGGACUACAGCCAUUCAAACAGCCAUCAGGCUGCACGUGGAGGGAAAAAACUCCCUCCACAAAGAUCUGAAGCUGAAGCGGCGCGAACAACGUGAGCAGCGGGAGAAGAGACGGCAGGCUAAGGAGGAGGAGCUGCAGAGGCUGCGGGCUCUGCAGGAGGAACGGGAGCGUAAGCUGGCUGAGCUGGAACUCCUGAAGGAGGCACAAAAGCAGGCUCAGGCCCUCAUGAAGCAGGACGAGCAGAGGAGGCAUCAGCAGCACGAACAGCUCCAGCGUACCCUGGAGAUCCAGCUGAGAGAGGCUGAGGAGGCCAGGGUCAGUAUGCAGGCAGAGAUGGCUCUGAAAGAGGAAGAAGCAGAGAAGCAGAGGAAGAGGAUCCACGAGCUGGAGGAGAUGCAGAAGCGUUUGGAGGAGGCACUGCAGCAGGAGAUCAAAGCCAGGCUGGAUGAGGAGGCCUUCCGCUUAGCUCAAGCAGGCCUACUGGCUGAGGAGGAGGAGAAAAUGAAGGCCCUGAUGUCCCUGCAGGAGGAGCAAGAGGAGUACAUCCUGAAGACACAGAGGGAGAAGCAGGAGCUGAAACAGGAAAUGGAGGCCAAAUCUCGGGCCUUAGAUGAGGCGCAGAGGCAGCUGGAGGAGGUCCGCGCAAACCGACACCGGGUUGACCAGGAUGUAGUGGCUGCCCAGAGGAAACUUCGCCAGGCGAGCACCAACGUCAAACACUGGAACGUCCAGAUGAACAGACUGAUGCGACCAAUCGGACCGGGCGAAAAGAGGCCGUCGCUGGGAGGCUCUUUCUCAAGUUUCCAGGUCCCCACGCAGAGGGAUCCUGGGCUGCGUCUUAGAAAGAGAUCAGAAUCAGAGGAUCGGGAUGAGGAGAGCAAAGAAAAUGUUAACAACCGAGCCGGGUGUGAUUUAGACAAACGCCACUCCCAUGCCUCUAAUGGAGAUAUGGACAUCCCCUAAAAACAUGAAUCACAGAGGCUGCAUGGGUCAUUUCUGGUCACUCUGAGGUUUUCUGACAGAAAGGCCAAGAGAUGAAGUGUGAAACAUAUGACAACAGUGGUUUUACAGGACUAACAUUCCUAUUAAAUGUGGAAUUUACUGACCUCAUGUCACAGACGGUAGCCGUUUAAAGCAUUUUAAUGACAAGUUGUAUUUGAAAAAAUUCACUGCUCAACUAAUGCUUUGGCAGCAUGAUUUCAGUUAUAUAACUGAAACACUAUUAUGUGACUAUAUUACAAAGAUAGACCCAUAACAAUGUUUCAGUUUAUAUAAUAUUUUUGAAUUUUUUGAUGUAAAAAGUUCAGUGUUAAGAGUUUACUGCAAGUCUAAUAACGUCACUCCUGAUGAACAGGAAAGAGAGAAACUCUCAAUGAACUUCCUGGUUCUACUGUCAGUUAACAUAAUUGUAAAUAAAUGAGUGAAUUGAUGCCUUAA